GUUCGCAAUGUUAAGACAAGUUGGAUUUGUGUUAAUAUUUGUUGUAACAAAUGUAUAUUCAGCUAAAAUAUUAGCAGUCUUCCCUACUCCAUCUGUGAGUCACCAAGUAGUGUUCCGACCGCUAGCUCUAGAACUGGCGAGACGUGGUCACCAUAUAACACUUAUAACAACAGAUCCGUUUACACAAUCAAAAAACCCUAAUCUCACAGAAAUUGACGUUCACGAUAUAUCAUAUGAACUAUGGAAAAAACACGUCGUUUUGAAUUUGGAAUUUGGAAGAAAAGAAAAUAUUUAUCCACAGAUCGAAGUGGUACCGAAAGUAAUGAUGAAUAUUAUUUGUUCGCAACUUGAACAAGAUUCAGUUCAAAAACUGAUUAACAGUAAAGAAUCCUUCGAUCUUUUAAUAUUAGAAGGCUGGCUGAGGCAGAAUUUGAUAUAUUCUCAUAUUUUUAAAGCCCCCGUGAUUUUGAUGAGUUCCUUUGGAGCAAUGUUUGCAAUGGAUGAAGUCAAUGUGGGAGCACCUACACAUCCCUUCCUCUACCCAAUGUUAGUACAACAGAGACUUUACAAUAUGAGUUUUUGGGAGAAAAUUCAAGAAUUAUACAAACGACAGUGGUUUGAUACAGUUUGGUAUGCUCGUGACGCUAAGGAAGUUGCGGUCUUCAGAGAGAAGAUAGAUAAAGAUUUGCCAGAUUAUGAAGAGUUAAGCAAUAAUAUUAACAUGUUGUUUAUAAAUACCCAUCCUAUGUGGAUCAAUAAUCAACCCCUUCCCCCAAACGUAGUAACCCUUUGGGGAAUACACCAAAAACCGCAGAAACAAUUGCCGAAUAAUCUUCAAACAUAUCUUGACUCAUCUAAACACGGAGUAAUCUAUAUAAGUUUUGGUUCCAACGUGCUCUCAUCAAUUUUAUCGCCAGAGAAGAUACAAGUUUUUGUGCGCGUUUUUUCUCGAUUAUCAUACGAUAUUUUAUGGAAAUGGGAGACUGAUGAACUGCCGGGAAAAUCGGAGAAUAUAAAGAUUUCUAAAUGGUUACCGCAGUCAGAUUUAUUGAGACACCCCAAUAUAAAACUUUUCAUAACCCAAGGAGGUUUGCAGUCAACAGAUGAGGCUAUAACAGCUGAAGUACCUAUGAUUGUUGUUCCAUUGCUCGGAGAUCAAUGGUUUAAUGCAGAGAAAUAUUUAUAUUAUAAAAUUGGAAUAAAACUCGAAAUGGCAACAAUUACUGAAAACGAACUUGAAAACGCUAUUAAGACCAUUAUUAAUGAUAAUAGCUAUAGAGAUAACAUCAGAAGGUUUAAUGUUCUAUUACACGAUCAACCACAGAGUGCAUUGGAUCGAGCCGCUUGGUGGACAGAAUACGUCAUACGACAUGGUGGGGCGAAGCAUCUUCGAGCAAUUGCAGCGAAUAUGCCGUGGACGGAAUAUUACGAGAUUUAUUUUGUACUUAAGCUAACAUCACUUUUUCUUAGUAUUAUAUUCGGCGUUUUAGUUGUAGUUUAUUUGAUUUGGCGACGUUUAUUUGCGAAGGAAAAGCUUAAGUCUACUUAGAAGUUUAAUCAUGUCAUUGCAACGGAUGGAGUUACGGUGUCUCAGCUAUUUGUUGAUUUUGUUGUCUAUAAUUAUGGUGCAAAUAGUCAAGCUUGAACGCCAGCUUGUCUAACUAAUCUAUGGAAGACCUUGGAGACAUCCAAAUUAGGAGAGAUGAAGUUAGCAAUAUUAUAAAAUUAAAGCAAUAAGACAGGCCUAGCAAAGGACCGGGUCAAUCUGUCGUCGUCGGGAUUAGCAUUAUUUGAUUAGAUUGGAUUAGUAGUAAAAUCUAAUUAUAAUAAAGAAAACAUACAAAAUAUUAAGAGUUCUGAUCAGGAAGUAGAAAUUAAAAAAGUUUAAGACCACUUAUAUUUGAUAUCAAAUGUGAAAGUAAAAGCAAAAAACAAUGAAGUUUAUAUCAAAAAUAAAUAGACAAUCAAUAGCUACACAACUCGCGGGCCGCUCACCAAACUUUUUAAAUUUGUUUUUAUAAAUUUUUAAUUAUUUUUAU